AUGAUAGGAUUACCUAGGAGGAUUCUGCGUCUAGCAGGGUACUUGGGGCUAUUCUUAGUUUUUGCCUUUUUUUUGGUAAUUAUUGCCAACAAACAUGAGGAGAUUUUAUUUUAUUUACCAUCAAGAUUCACUCCAUCAUUCUUUCAACCAGUAGCUAAUCUGUUUAUUAUUGAUAUUGCUAUUCGUAGUUGCAUGAAACUCAAUGCCAAGAGCCCGACCUGCGGGAUACCCCCAUUGGGUGGCAUUGGAGAUUGGACUAAAUUGGAAAAAGAUCUUCAAUUGGGUAAUUCAUGGAUGCAUAAGAAAUAUUUAUCAUAUAAAAGAGUUGAAGAAGAAUUAUUGAGUGGGAAUAUUAAUGAAGAAGCUUCUACGAAACCUGGAACUGAUACCGAGACCACCAAGAAGCAAGAUAAACAGAAAAGGCUGUCUGAUAAUACCAAAGUUAUUAUAGAUAUUGCUAUAUCCAAUCCUGAACUUGAUACUAAAGUUAAGGGGAAUUCUAAAAAGAAAAUCCCCUUGUAUGUAUUGAGAGAUUUCCAUAAUGAUAAGGUCUAUAACGAUGACUCUCAUAGAGAGCUUGUCGAUAGUAAAAAGGCGGAAAUGAAUGGCGAACGUGUAGCUGUGACUUUAGAUAAGGAAAAGGCAGCCCUGCUGAAUAUCGAGAAAUAUAAUAAAAAAAUUGAAGAAGAAAAGAAAUUGAAAGAAGAAGAAGAAAAGAAAUUGAAAGAAGAAGAAAAGAAAUUGAAAGAAAUGGAAGAAAAAUUGGAUGAACAAGACAAAGAAGCAGCAGAAAAGAAAUUAAAAGAAUCAAUGGAAUCCAAUCCAGAAAAGGAAAAGGAAUUGGAAGCUGAAGAACUUUUAAAAGAAGCUGAAGAAGAUAUAGAAGGUGUGGAAGAUUUUGCAGAAAAGAAGGAAGGAGAAGAAAAGAAGAAGGAUGAAGAAAAGAAGAAAGAUGAAGAAAAAAAGUCCAAAAGAUCAACUGCAUCUUCAAGACAUGAACUUGAAGUUGAAUAUACUAUUCCUAGUGGUAAAGAUCUUUCAGAAAGAGGGUGGAUGCAAAAAUCUAAUGGGAUUUGGGUAAGAUACGGUUCAAGUAGUGACAAGAGAGCUAUUACUGGGAUCGAUGUCUUAUUCGGAGAAGAUGCUGUUGAUCCACGUCCAAACUGGAGCUUGAUAAAACAGGGCUACUUACGUGAUCUCAGCACAACCGAUGACAAGCGAGCAUAUCUCAGUAUCAGAAGAGGUCCGCGUGCAGACUACAAGUCUAAGAAGUACCAACCAGUCCUUAAAGUUAAUAAGCAAACAGGCAAGUUCAAAAUCUUACAAGUGGCUGAUUUGCACUUUUCAACCGGUGUUGGUAAAUGUAGAGACCCAGUACCUUUAGAACUGAAAGCUGGGUGUGAAGCAGAUCCAAGAACGUUGAAGUUUUUAGAAAAAGUCCUUGACUUGGAAAAACCUGACUUUGUCGUACUCACUGGGGAUCAAAUAUUUGGUGAUGCAGCUCCUGAUGCUGAAACUGCGAUUUUCAAGGCUUUGAAUCCAUUUAUUGCGCGUAAGAUCCCCUUUGCUGUGACUAUGGGAAAUCACGACGAUGAAGGUUCACUUUCACGGGAAGAAGUGAUGGGCUUGUCAUCAGCCUUACCCUUUUCAUUAUCAUCAUUGGGACCAGGCGAGGUUGCAGGUGUAGGAAAUUAUGCUCUUAACGUGGAAGGUCCAUCAUCAAAGAACCCUGCUAUCACCAUGUACUUUUUGGAUACUCACAAAUAUUCACCUAAUCCAAAAGUGAAUCCUGGCUAUGACUGGCUCAAGGAGUCUCAAUUGAAGUGGUUGGAAAGUGAAUAUAAUAGCCGAAAGAAGGCAAUUGCUGCGUACUCGAAGAUUCAUGUGGCAAUGUCGUUUUUCCACAUCCCAAUACCCGAGUAUAGAAACACCAAUAAUCAACCAUUGGUUGGUCAAAAUCCCGAAGGAGUGACUGCACCUAGGUACAAUACUGGAGUCAGAUCAAUCUUCCUGCGUAUUGGAGUCAAGUUGGCGAGUGUUGGCCAUGAUCAUUGCAACGAUUAUUGUUUACAAGAUACACAGGAUUCAGGAGCACCUAACGAGAGUAAGAUGUGGUUAUGUUAUGGAGGUGGGUCAGGAGAAGGUGGAUACGGUGGAUAUGGAGGGUACGUGAGAAGAAUGAGAACCUUUGAGAUCGAUACAGCUUCAGGCAUUAUCAAGACCUGGAAGAGAAGAGAAGAUGAUGUGGAUAACAUUUUCGACGAACAGGUUGUUAUUCAAGGUGGGAAUGUUGUUAAUAAUGAAGCAUAG